AUGCAAAAUCUAUAACUAACUUAAUUUUAUUUUCAUGAUGCUUAGUAUUUUACAGAUCAAUAACUUUCAGACAUUUAACAAUAGAAUGAGGAAAUUAUGAAAAUUGAUUAUUAAUACAACUUAAUUAUUUAUUCAUUUCCAUCUAAUGAAUAUAUUAAUUUAAAAGAUCUUCUAUUUUUUUAAGUAAUAUUAAAUUUUAACUUAGAGAUCUUAAAUUUUGAAUCUAAGUAAAAAAUAGUUAAUUAUGAUAUCUAUUAAAAUUAUUGAAGCAUUUAAAUUAUUACCUAAUAAAACCAUAUUUUAUGAUAAAAUAUGUACCUCAAACAUAUGGAUUUGGGUAUCAAAUCCGCUUUCCAAGGAUAAUAAUCAUUAAAUAUAAUUUAAAGCUAUUUUUACCAUUAACAAAAAUGCUUCUUCUGAAAAACAAAAUGAAGAGAUUAAUUAUUUAUCGAUUAAAACAAUCAUCUAAGAAAUACUGUAAAAUACAGAUGAAAAGUUACAAAAACAACUUGAAUUUUGUAAAAUUCGGGAUAUUUUCUUAUAUAUUCUUGAAUAAAAUUUCGAAUAAGUAGAUUAAGAGUAAAUUUAAUGUGGAUCAUAUGAUCCUAAAUUAAUAGAAGAUUUUUUAAAGAAUCUAAAACUUAAUGAUGAAAAAUUUUAAAUAGAAUUCGGAAAAUCUUAUGGAAACUUAUUGAGAAAUAUAAUUUUAAAUUGGGCUAUAAAAUAUCCAACAUAAUUUAUCACACAGAAUAAUUUUAAAGCACUAACAAUAAAAGAUAUAACAAAAAAAUUAGAAAUUGAUGGUUGGUUUUGUACUUUAUUUGAGAGAUACAAAAAUUUUAAUUCUUAAAUGGAUUCAUUAAUUUAUUGUUUAUAAGUUGAAUAAGCUCUAAAUGAUUUGGAAAAAAUUUAAAAUAAUUCUAAAAUUCAAUCAAAGUUUUAAAGUUUAAAUUUAGUUAAUUUAUAAAUUAAAAAUCAGCAAGAAUUUCUUAAGAAGAUGUUUCCUUAAUAAUGUUAGAUGGAAAAUUAUGAAUUUAUUUUGCCUGAUAUAAUCUAAUUAUACAAUAAAGAAAUUGACAUAAUAAUUACUCAUGGAUUAAAGGUUAUGAGUAAUUUUUAUAAACAGCCCCAAUUUUUCUCAGAGAUUAGAAUAUAAUAAUAUAAAUUUUAUAAGAUAGGUUUAAAUAAAUUAGAUGAUAUACUCUUUGAUAGUUUAAAAAACUAAAAUUCUUAAAAUAAUCUAGAUUAUCAAUAUAUUUCUAAAGAAAUUAAGGAAAAGCUUGGAAAUUUUUUUAGGGAGGAAAUUUUUGAGGUAUUGAAAAAGCUCGCCAAAUAAUAAAAUAAAUAGAUAGCUAGUUGUUUAAUAUACAAUAAUCAAAAUAAAUAUUGA